UGUUGACUUCUGCACAGGUGAGUCAGGUGAAGACAGGUGAGUCAGGCAUGAAAAGGUGUGGCGCUCCGGUGGAUUUGUCCUUCAAAGCCAUCAGCAACUUUGCAGACGCUCGGUCAGAAGAACCCAGCCGUGGUCUGCGGCCUUUAAAGAGAACUCCAUCAGGGAAGUUCCAAAGCGUCUCUCUGCGCCUGAACAACAACAGCAUUACAGACCUGGACCACCUCCACCAGACCGUGGCACACUUCCUGGCUGAACCAUGGCGACUGGCCUGGGUGGACCUCUCCUUCAACCACAUCACACACAUCCACCCGGUUUUGUGCGAGCUGCCUGAACUGCGAGUGUUGUAUCUCCAUGGCAACCGCAUCUUCACCUUGUCGGGGGUGGACAAGCUGGGAGUUCUUCCCCGCCUGCACACCAUCACGCUGCACGGGAACAUCAUUGAGUCUCGCAAGGCCUACAGGACUCACGUCAUUUUGGCUCUGCCUGGAUUAAAGACCCUGGAUUUCAGUGCUGUGACCCCUCAGGAGAGAACCUUGGCACACCUUUGGCAGCACAGCACAACAAAUACACUUCACUGAAGGGACAACUUGCUGACUGCCAAGGGCAAACAUCGAGUACCUUGACGCAGAGAAAGCAGAGACAGGGCGAUAUCACGAGUGUCAGCACAUUUCCAUUUCUGAAUAAUCAUAUAUUGUGUCUAACUGGGGCUGCUGAAAUUACCCCCCCCUUCCUUCAGAAGCAGCCUCAGUGAUGUAACCAGGGACCUCCCGAAUAAAUAGAGGAGCACGCGGGCUGUGCCUUAAGAGCGUAGGUUGGAACUGUAACUGAGUGUACAGCCCAAUACGUCUCUCUUUAUGA